UCGGUCUGCCAGCCUACGAAGCAUACACAGUUAUACCAUAUACUGUAGUUCAAGGUCUGUAGCAGCCAGGUGCCCAAAACAGCUCAAGUAUAUCAGCAGUGUAAACACUAAGAGCCACACAACUGGAACAGCAAUGGGUCUUGUCAGGUAUCCACUCGGCACAUUACUGCUCUUGUUCAUCUUAGGAUGCAAAGCUCAAGGAGAAUUUACUCGUCCUUUAAGACAUACUCUACCAAAUGGUCUAACGUCACUGAAUGGGUCUGAUGCUAAUGGAGGCUGCCCUCAAGACUGUGUGGAUAAUGUGAAUAACCUUUGUCAAUGUUCUGAUGGUGUACCCUUUACUUCAACUCUCAUCGAUGGGGUGUGUCCUACAAGUGUGGACACCACUGAGCCAACUUGGGCGAGAGAUUUCUUUACUAUCAAUAGAAAUGUGGAGACUCAAGUAAUAAUUGGAUUUAACUGGAAUACUGGAUUCGCACUCAGAGGAGUUGAACUGAAACUGUUUGACUGUGCAACACUAAAUACUGACAUUCGUACCAUCAAUGUGUGGGAGUCCAUCAACUACCCAACCUUCAAUCCUACAGUUGCAACACAAAUAGGAAGUUAUGUAACAGAUGGAGACGAUCUGAACUGUAAUUCUGUGACAACAAUUGUUAUUCAACCAAAUGCAAAUGCAAAUUUCAGAGCCUAUUACAUUGAGUUUAAAUUCGAGCAAGGAGACAGUAACACUGACAUCUACAUAGCUGAGGCUAGAUUCAGUGACACAACUAUUACCAUCCCCAAUGAAGUCACUUCAUCUCCUCCAUCACCAGCUGUCACCUCAACCCCUCAACAACCCUCACCAUCCUCAAUAAUUAUCUCAACAUUUGUUCCAAUGAUGUCAUCUAUGGACACUACCCUAAUCAGCUCACCUGUUGCGACUGUAACGACUGCCCCAAUUCAAAAAACCAGUUCAUCGAAUCGAUUUUCAUCAACAAUGCAACUAAUACUAAUGCCCACACCUACACCUUUAGGCUUAUCCCCCUCCACUGACCCCUCUACUGACACCGUGCCCACCACAACUGACCCCCUGACUAACCCUCCCACAACUGACACCUCACCUGCAUCAAGUGACCCCCUACCUGGAUCAAGUGACUCGCUGGGUGCAAUCGCUGGCUCGCUAGCAGGAGUGAUUAUUGUCCUCAUCAUCAUAAUAGUGACAGGUGUGAUCAUUUUAGUAUUCUGCUUGAACAAGAACAGAAGGAAAGUCGAUCUCCAAAACUUACAAGGAGCUAUUUCAGAAACCAACGGUCGAAACCACCAAAUGAACAGGCAGUCGUUUGCCAACAACCAGUAUUACGAGGAGGCCCUCCACGGCAGAGGUGGUACUAUGAACGUGGAUGGCUACUUUGACGUCAACAUCAACGAUAGCAGCACAGAGCCUCUCUACCACACUGUGAGCGAGAGUAAAAUACUUCAUGCGGAGACCAUAGCCAACGAACAGGCAGCUGUUUACUAUGACAACAUUAAAGAGACUGUUAAAGUUCCUCCAUACUCGAAACUCGCCGUUAAAGAGCCACCGCUAGUUCCCAAGAAGACACCUGAACUUUACCGAGACCUCAAUAUUCAAGACGAACUGAAAAAAAGUACAGACUCACUCGUAUUACCGCCUGUGGUCGUGUUUAACGAGCAUGGAUCGGAAGUGGAGACAGUGGAAAACUUUGGGGAUGAUGAAAAUACCUACCAAGGUUUGUCAGACAGUGCAAGUGUUCAUUCGUUUCUGACUGUUCUCACAAAACCCGUAUUGAGUAUGGACUCUAAUCCAACGUACGAGUCACCUGACGCAAUUGAACCUUCAAAAGUGGACCUUUCCGACGAGAUGUAUGCAAAUCCAGAUGCUAUUGACCGAGAUUCAAAACCUGAUAGCAUAUACACGGACACUGUAGCCCCUCCCAAACCACCUCGGUCGCACAAUGCGUCACUAACGGAAGCAGAUGAGAUUUACACUGACAUUGACAAAGAUUCAGCACUAUCCGCCACAGGGCAGAAUGCAGGAAGAAUACAUCAUGCUCCACUGAACACAACUGUUGAAGAUAUAUACACGAAUCACGACUUGCCCACCCCCAGAGGAGAGAAUAUGGAGGUUAUAUAUUCAGAUGCUGAUACCCUACCCCCAGCGGAGGUUAUAUACUCAGAUGCUGACACCCUACCCCCCGCGGAGGUUAUAUACUCAGAUGCUGACACCCUACUCCCAACAACCCUACCCCCUGCGGAGGUUAUAUACUCAGACGCUGACACCUUACCCCCAACAAAUAUUGCACUAACGCACGAUGGGAUAUAUAGUAUGUCAGAGGAUGACCCUAACGCUAUCUACAUUGACCCUGAUGCAAGAAAGACUUGUUUGGACCACCUCCCUGCAAUUUACGAUACUAUUCAUCAAGAAUCCACAGUUGCCUCGAUUUUCGACCCCGAUUCCAAUCCUGUGUACGAGAACACUAUCAGUGAUGAAAAUCUAUUCCCAUAUGCUCCGAUAUACAUCGACACAGCUGCUGCGUCCGAAGUAAAGACAUUGGAACUGACCCCGGACAAUAUUCGCAAGGGGAAGACGUUGGGAUCGGGAUGUUUUGGACUUGUUGUGCUCGCAGAAACUGUCGGACUUAGUCUGAAGGAUCUUAGAAUGAGCGAUACAGAUGAUGACGAUACAAAGUCCACUCAGGUGGCCGUGAAGACGCUCAAAGCAUCUGCUUCUUCGUCAACUCGAGAAUCGUUUGAGAAAGAAUGUAAAUUCAUGUCACGGUUGAAUCAUCCUCAUGUGAUACGUUUCUUGGGUGUGUGCAAGACAGACUCCCCAUACAUCAUGAUGGAGUACCUCAAAUAUGGUGACCUCAACAACUAUCUGCAGAAAUUCGAUGCCAUAGUCAAUUUUGAGACCCGAAAUCCUGUUGAGAUUUCCGUGGCAACGCUAAUCAGAAUGUGCACCCAGAUUGCAGACGCCAUGGACUACCUUGCUUCGCAUAACUACAUUCAUCGCGAUCUAGCCACACGAAACUGUUUGGUGGGAGAUUCAAAUAUUGUUAAGCUGUCCGAUUUUGGAAUGAGUCGAAGUUUGUACGAAUCCCAUUAUUACAUCAUCAAGGGUAGGGCCAUUUUGCCGGUACGUUGGAUGGCUAGCGAAUGCUUUUACGGCAAAUUCUCUGUGAAUUCUGACAUCUGGGCCUUCGGAGUAACUAUGUGGGAGGUGUUCGUGCUCUCCAAGGAGCUCCCCUACAAAGAUUUAUCUGAUAGCGAAGUUGCCAUGGAUGCAUUGAAGGGAGCAAAGCGUCGAUCUUUGCCUAGGCCGGAAUCUUGCCCACAAGAAGUGUUCGAUAUUAUGUUACAGUGUUUGACACAUCUACCGAAAGCGAGAGCUACUUUCGAUCAACUUUUCAAAGAACUGUCAUCACUAAUUGAAAACACUGAUAAUGACGAGUGUGUAUGAAUAUUACUUAUCAUAGCAAGGAUUGUUUUUUAAAAUUCACUAUAAGCAGAAAUAUUUUUGUAGCAACAGUAAUGGUAGAUCAAUGAGUUAUCACGACACAAUAUGUUUGCAUUGCAAAAUGUGUGUAUAAUAAUUUUUAUAUGAAAUUUUAACACUGGUUGAUCCAAACAUUCAAUUUACUUC